GAAUAAAGACGUGAACAUCGGCUAGAAAUUGCCAGAACGACCGAUCGAUCGAUCAUAUCGAGUACGCACACGCAUACAUAUAUACAAACACACACAACACAUAUACAUAUAUACGCUCAAUACUCGCGGUUUUAAAAAACAAAACAACAACAUAAAUAUACACAUAUAAAUACGAGUAUAUGAAAGAAAGAAAAAAAAUAUUCAAAAUUAUUUUUUUUAGAAGAAAUUCUAAUAGAUUAAUACAAGUGAUAUAUGCGCGUGUCAAAGGUUAACUGGGCGCGAAUGGGCGAGUGAGUGUUGAAUGCAAUACGAGGAGCACACACACAAACACAUACCCCCCCACACACACACACACUCACGCAUACAGUGUGAGAGUGCGCGCGAGUUUUGAGUUCAAAUACGAUACUCGACGUAAAAGUCUCAAAAACCGAUUGUCAAAAACAGUUUGUAAAAGUAUUGAAAUUCGAGUGCGCUUUAUCACUGCAGCAAGCCAGGAAAAAGAGUGAGCGUUUUCAUAGAAUCGACAACGACAACAACCACAGCAACAACAAAAACAAACACAACAACAACAACAACAACAACAUCGUGAGCAUGGGCAGGGAAACUCCCGCACAUAUGUUCGAGUAGCGAAGAACCGUUCAAGUGUUUUUCCCAAAACCAAAAAAAAAAAAGAAAAAUUCAAACCAAAACCAAAAAAGAAGGCAGCCGUCGGGGAAAUUGCCAGCAGUUGGCCCACAGACUUGCAACUGUGCGCAUGUGCAACAUUAAUGUGUGUUCCGCUGUUGCAACUGAAAAGUGUUCAGUGUUCAAUAAUCAAUAAAAAAGCAUUGUGCAAGUGUCAGUGAAGAAACGAAAAGGCAAAAAUGACUUCGUUCGUGUACGCCGUAUUCAGCAUUGCGUCGCUGCAAUGCAGCGUACGUCCGGAGAUAUCGCCGUGCACAUGCCAGUCGGUGGAUUCGCCGAACUACGUAAAUCUCGAGUGCGAGAAACUCGAGUCGUUUCACACCAUUGUCGAUGUGCUGGCCAAUAAAUUUCAGCCCCAUGUCGAAAUCGAUUUAAAGAUCACGCACUCGCAAUUGGAGGAUUUGGAGAUGAGAUCGUUUACGGAUAUGAAUCUGAAUGUUGUCAAGCUGCGCAUGCAAUGGAACGGCCUGAGAUCGCUGCCUGAACUUCCAUUUCGUGGGUUAUCGAAUGUCAAAUACCUAAGCGUCGGCGACAACGAACUGGAAGAGAUUCCGAAGCACGUCUUGAACCACAUGCCGAUCUUGCAGACGGUGGACAUAGCUCGAUGUCACAUACGAUCCGUGCAGCAGGACGACCUUAAGGGCAUACAAAUGGUGACAAAUCUCAUAUUGCCCAGCAAUAAUAUAACACGUCUGGACCGAGGGGCCUUUCCGCCCAGCCUCAAAACCCUGCAUUUGGGUCGAAAUCAAAUUGAGGCACUGAACGGAUCGCUCCACGAUCUUGUCAAGCUCGAGUCGCUGUUCAUUAAUGCGAAUAGCAUCAGCGACCUGGAGGGAGAGUUUCCCGAUACGAAUACACUGAAGCUUCUCAUGGCCCACAACAAUCGCCUGGAGCGUUUGCCUUCCAAUAUGCGUGGCAUGGAUCAGCUGGAGAUCAUGCACUUGCACUUCAAUCGGCUGCGAUCUUUUGAUGGCGUGCUGAAAGGCGCCGAGUUCCUCAACGAACUGAUGGCGCAUAACAAUGAGCUGGAGUAUCUGGCCCAUGACGAAUUCCAGGCGUGUCGGCGUCUGGAACAUCUUAAUCUGGCUGUCAACCACAUCCGCUCGACGAACGGCUCGCUUCUUCCCAUGGCCAAGUUGGCUAUCGCGAACUUUUCGUUCAACGAAAUCGAGGAGUUCUCAAUGGAGGAGCUUCGUGGCCUGCGAUCGCUAAAGAUACUUGAUUUGUCCAACAAUAGAAUCAAACGCCUUCGCCCCAGCCUCGAGCACAUGCACGAUCUGCCGUUGGUGGAUCUACGUUUGGAUCACAACAGGAUUAUCACCCUGGAUGCUGCUCUGGCUGGUCUAAGCCAUCUCCGCAUACUCGGCUUGUCGUACAAUAGAAUGGAGUUCAUCUUGCCGGGCGAUUUUGAUGGCAUGGACCGUUUGGAGAUUUUAGACAUGACUGGCAAUGAACUGGUUGAGCUGAAGGAAUUGGAGACAAGCAACCUGCCAAGUCUGAAGAUCCUUAAGGUGGCCUACAACAACAUCACGAAGCUAGAUAGGGACUUCUAUGGAUUGCCCGUGCUUUGCCAGGUUAACCUAACGAACAAUCAAAUCUCGACCAUUUCGAGCGAGCUCGUGUCACGCACUCGUUGCAAGAACCACAAUGUUCCCGGCAAACUGGAGAUUCAUUUGGAUGAUAAUCCCAUAAUGUGCGAUGUGCGCCUGAACGAGCUGUGUCGUUUGAUGAUGGCCCAGGAUGCACGCAUUCGCGGCCGUUCGCAAUGCUUCGAGAACGACCAGGAAGUGUGUACCGUUCUACCGAUGCUCUACAAGAUCGAGCUGCCUUUGCUGAUAGCCAAACUGAAAACCGGUGAGGCCGAGGAUGCCAAGCCUGUUAUGCAAGUGCUGGUCCCAUCACCACUUCUUUUGAACAAUAAUGCGGACGAGCUGCUGCCUCCGAUCAUAGCCACGCUAAGCCAGCCACUGAUUAUAGCACCGCCGGUGGCCACGACAACGCCCUCGGCAGAUGUAUUGGUUAACAAAGUGGAUGCGGAUGUAGAGGACAAUGCAACAACAACAACAGCAUCAACCACAAUGAAAUCAACAACAACAAUAACACCUGUCACAUCAACAAUACCAGCAGCAACGAAGGCGCCAAUAAUAGCCGCUGAAAUCCUGACAACAACUCCACCUACGACAACCACCACCAUUACGCCGACGCCCACAACUAUUUCGGAGCUAAACGAAACAUUGCCCGUCGUCCUCGACAUCGAGGAGCCCAAUCCCAAUGUAACUCCCAGUGAAGAUAGUCGUAGGCCCAUUGCAGACAGACCGAAUGCCACGGCCUCCAUAAACGAACCGUCCCGAAUAGAGGAGCAGACACUGCUCGAACCGCCGCCACCAGUGGUAACGACAGCCGAAGAGCAGCACGAUCGUGUGGCAGACACAGUGGCCAAGACGGAGUACGAGACGAUCGAGUAUAUACCGAAUCUGGUGCAGCCAGCAAUCGCUGCGCCAACGCCGCCGAGCAAAACGAAUCUGCUCGAGGAGGAUUCACAGUCUAACUCGGUGCAUGAGGCGAUGCUCAGUGAUCUGGAGCAUGCCGCCCAAAGUCUGCAAAUACCAGAAGAGCCGCCCGAGGAGUGAGGAGUGGGCUAUGCUUUUGGCCAGAGAUUUGCUUUAAGUAUAAAGCGCGAAAGGCGUGGCAGGGUGCGGCAGGUGUAGACUUGGGGCGUGGGUGUGGCGGUGGAGCAACAUGCAACGAAACCGAAACGAAAUUUUAUUCUAUGCCUUAAGUUAAUUAUUUUAGUUUACGGUCCUUAUUUAAGCAUGAUCGAAAAGCCGAACAGCUUGCACUUUCUUGUUUGAAUUUUCGAUUCGAUAUCUUUUAAAAUGCAUUCAUUUUGUUUGACCAGCAUGGGAUUGUGUAAUUGGACCGAGUGACAGACGCGACGAUAAUAUGAAAUGAGACAUCGGCAAACUGGAAUAUGUUUUAAGUUAAAUGCUGGGGGCUCAAGCAAAUAUUACAUGUGUAUUGAUGGCUCUGUAGAAUGACGGGUGGAAGAGUUGAUGAAAGCGGCAGCGAUGGCGAUACAUACAUAUACAUAUAUUUAGUAAUUGUAAAACACAUAUGUUGAAAAUCUAACAGUAGGUACUUAGCAUUAAAACAAACAACAACAAAAUUACAGCAACGCAGCACAUACACAAACUAUAUUGUUAUCGAAUAAAACAAAUGAAAUUAGAAUUUAGAGCGUAAUGAAAUGGUAUUCUAAAUAAAGUCGUAAUAACAUCCAGA